ACAACUUGAGCGGUAAAUUUUGUGCUCCAUGUGGCGUAGUAAUGAUACACUUUCCAUGACAAAAACUCCCAUUUAUUCAAACUUUCUAACCACUUUAGAAUUUAGGAAUCCUUCCUGAUGUAUGAUAAAUGGUAUUCGCAAAGGAUUACCCUCGUUUUAGAGCUUCUUAGUUCGCAUUUUUAAAAGUUUUAUGCUUCGCGUUGAACUUUUUUGUAACCGGCUUGAGCUGAUGAAUUCAAGACAAACGGAAGCAAAACGGUCACAAAUAUGGCCAGUAAGAAGAUGGUCACUGCGGGCCACAUCAGUGGCACAGAUAAUCCAGACAUACGAGAGCACUCUAGUCCCGAAGCUGACAUUGUUUAUGAAAUAAUAGACGAUGUUGUUCUUGGCUUGUGUUUUGAGAUGCAUAAAGCUAUUAAAAUGGGAACAUUUGGAGUAGAGGACGGGGAUGGCGAGACUGCUAAACAGUAUGAUGUUGUUGAUGUUGAGGGACUUGAUGUCUUUGGGCAAGUUCCUCUAAAGAAACCAUUAGAGUGCAUUUGUCCUAACUGCCAACGCAACAUGGCUGCAUCAAGAUUUGCUCCUCAUUUAGAAAAGUGUAUGGGUAUGGGAAGAAAUAGCAGCAGGAUAGCAAGCAGAAGACUAGCAACAAGUGGUAAAUUGAUGGAGGAGGAUGAUGAUGAUAGUUAUUUUGAUGAUGACUGGACAUGGAACAAUGAUAAAAAACCAGGGAGGAAAAACAAGAGAGAAAAGCCUGGUAAUUCUCCUAGAAGAGCAAAAGCUCCUAGAAAAAAUGGUGAGGCAGGAACUCCAAGACCAGCAACACCAAGCUCCGUCAACAGUGGAGAAAUGCCAGCCACCAGGGGACCAACUGUAGCAGCCUUUGAAGCACUUAGUAUAGAUGAGAAGAAAACUCUGUUACUACAAACUUGUGGUGUGAUUUCUGAACAUACUGGGAGAAUGUGUACAAGAUCUCAACGAUGUCCACAGCAUUCUGAUGACCAAAGGAAAUCGGUUCGACAGCUAAUGCUGGGCCAACAACCUACCACAGAUGCAUCGACAACAUCAACAACGAGACUUCGUCCUGAUGGGAGUUCAUAUGAUGCUGAUGAUGUCAUAGAUGUAGAUAGUUAUGAAGAUGGUGAUGGGCCGUUAUUACGAGACAACCUAAGCAGGUUGUCUUGGGAAGAAGAAUCUAACGCCUCGACAGGAGACGAUAAUUCACCAGCAGCAUUUGGUUCUGCUGCACUUACCAAGAAAAAGAGAAAGAAAAAAGCUAAACAUAAAAGACGUCUAAGAUGAGGAACUAUAGAUUUAUGGGUGAUUUUGUCAGCCGUGAUUUGACGUGUGCUUUUCCUUUGGCGUAAGCUUGCUUCUUGCGUAUAGCAGCUUUGCAUGCUUUUCUGCCUAUAGCCAUGCUGAAUGGUAAGGCUCUUCCGAGGAACUAAAUUUAUUGGCCCUGUCAUCCAAAAUGGCGGCCGUCAAGGGGUCGUGCCAAAUUGCCAUUACUGUUGCAAUAAGCGGUGAUUUAACAGAAGAGCAGAAUUUCUUACAACUGCGGAAUGUUACGGUAUCUUGGCUUUCAAAUGGCUUCCGCUGUACUGCGACCAAUCACGAAAGGAGGAAAUAUAUACCAUCCAUUGAUGAUGGAAAUCCACGAGCAAUGGUUCGCACUUCACCAUACACGAGCAUAGGAAACAUAGGCAUAGGUACAAAGGUGGCGGCUUUCAUUUGUUUUCAUGGCGUAAAUUGUUUAGCCUCACUACAAACACUAAAUCUGCUUUUGUCACUUUUUGUAUUGUAAUCUGGGUAUGACGUCAUACACUCCACACAUCAUUCAGUCAAUCGAAACUGUAAGGCCCCGUCCACACGUGUCCGGAAAUGUUUUUAUGCGCAAAUUGUUUUUGCGGAUACGAAAAUGUUUGCGUCCACACGCAGCUUAUUCGAAUCGUUUUCACCGUCCACACGUAU